AUGAUGACUCUGCAGCAAUUCUAUCCAAACCGCCACUGCGAAAGGCCAUCGAAGGCCUUGCAGCUCCUUCUAGGUAGAGGAGCAGCUGUGAACUCGCAGGGCGGCCUCAACGGUAAUGCUCUUCAGAUAACCUCUCGGAGGGGCUAUUGGAAGAUUGUAAGGCCUCUUCUCAAAAAAGGGGCAGGUCGGGGUGUCUACACCACCGAGAGAUCUCAGCGCCGGCUGCUUCUCGACGACGGAGCAGACAUCCACGUGAGGGGCUGUUCUUACAGAUACGCUCUCUGGGAUACCGACGUAGGAAAACAUCAAGACAUCCAAGAGCUCCUCAUGAGUAGAGGGGCAGAUGCAGCAGACAAGGGCUGGAUGGAGUGGGCUACUGAGAGAGCGAUCAUACUAUGGAGAUAG